GUAACUAGUAGGUAUAGUUAUAUAACGAUCUACUAAGGGCUGUGUUCGCACAGAAGUGCUAUAUAAGACGCCCCCGAAUUCCAGUGUUUCUCAUGUUUUCCUCCUUACCCAAGAAUUCUCCUUCGAAGAAAGCUAGAACGGGGCUUACUCCUUAAGUAAGGGGUAUCUACCUACACAACUUCUACACAAUGUCUCAACGAACAUCUAACAUGUCCUUCCUAUACAUGUUGCUUAGCUAUCUGAGCCUCGUCUCUUUUGUCUCGACAAGUCCCAUCCCCGUUCAAAGAGAUGGCUUGAGCACUCGGGACACGACGACGACGUUCUCAGAAAUCGGCGCCAGCUUCACCCUCGCCUCUACGGAGAGCACCGUCAACAGCGCGGGAACAUACCCUCGCCUUGCCAGACUCUCCGAUGGAGGGAUUCUCUCGAUAACAACCGUCUACAGCGGGAGCACCCGCACCCUGACCAUCGCCCGGAGCGACGACAACGGCGCGACAUUCAGCCAGAUCGGCAGCGUAGCCCAAAGCACGGGCGACUUGGACAACGGCUUCCUACUGCAGCUCCCCUCAGGCACCGUGCUAGCCGCGUUCCGGAACCACGACCUGGACGCCAACGGCGUGGCAACAUACUACCGGAUCACGGUAUGCAGCAGCACCGACGGCGGGGUAACCUGGACCUUCCUCUCGCAAGCAGCCGAGAACCCGGCGGACGGGUACAACGGGCUCUGGGAGCCGUUCAUGCGAAUCGCCAACGACGGCACGAUCCAGCUAACCUACUCGGGGGAGCUAAGCGCGACGAACCAGGAGACCUUCCGCGUGACCUCGUCAGACGGCGGCGCGACGUGGACAACGCCCGUGAACCUGCAGCUGCACGGCUCGCAGCAGCUGCGGGACGGGAUGCAAGGGAUCGUGUCCACGACGGACGCGGCGACGGGCGAGGCGGCGCUGGUCAUGGUGUUCGAGAUCAACGACAACACGCACGUGUACCUGGGGACGGUGACCUCGUACGAUGACGGCUUGACGUGGGGGUCGCGCGCGACGAUCUUCCGGCCCGCGGACCACAACGCGGGGGCGCCGCAGAUCGCGGCGGUAGGCGCGAACCUGGCCGUCGCGUUCAUGACGGACGAGGACAGGGCCGUGAGCGACAUCGCCUGGCCCGCCAACGCCGACGUCAAGAUGAUCUUCUCCGCGCAGCUGAGAAACGGCCAGCUGACGUGGACCACGCAGACCCUCGAGCUGUCCGUCGACAGCUCGUACUGGCCCGGCGCCUUCCAGCGCGACGACAAUGACGUUAUCGCCGUGUACGAGCGUGGGGGCGUGCCUUACGGGAGGGUCAUCUCGGCCGCAUAGCACAGCUUUUCUUUUUUUUUUUCUUAGUUCCUGAGAGAGAGAGGGAAGGAGGAGGCGGUGACGCGUUCGCAAAGCACAAAAAAAGAAUUUGCGCGUGGCUACCUACCUAGGGAUGCAUGAAUGCAUGCGCUGUUAGGGCUGAGGAGUUGUCGGGGAGUUCAUUGGUGGGGAAUUGCGACUAUGGACUUGUGAUAUCCCCUGGUAUGGGUUACGCGCGUUAACCAUAUAACCAUAUAUCAGAUGAUGUUAAUGAGUUGCGGUUAUUUUGUAUAUACUUCUGCUUCGACAUGUUUUUUUUUACUAGGAUAGGGGGUUGGGUUAGUCUGGCCUAACAUGAACAUAUUUCCUCCCUUAACUGCUUGUGUUUGCCAGGACGAAAGUCGUAUUAGUCCGGGGUAGAAGAACCGUUGAGUGAACCGUCAUUUCGUGAUUCAAACGAGUGUGGUUGUAAAUUUCGAGGCCUGGUAUCGGGAUGAGUGCCGGUGCCCAACUUCACCGAUCCUGGGCGUAAGUUCUUCGGCACUGCCCAGUUGACGUG